GUCGCCCCGGCGAUCAGGGUUUGCGUUGUCACCUUACACAGAGAGCCAUUGGUCCAGGGACGGGGAACCCGUCAAUGAUCACCCAGCUCCAGCUCCGCGCCGCGGCAUCCACAACGCCGUCCACUUUUGGACGCGCAUCAACUGUUACAGGGCUUGGGGAUUCCAUUGGAUCCUGGCGUAGCUGAGUUGCGUAAGAUGCAGAAUGGCUGCGGCGGGAUGGCCUCGGCAUGCCGGCGGGCCUGUUUCUAGGACUCUGCGGGCCCUGCCUGUUAUGAAAGUCGUCUCGGGGCCGCGCUGCGUUUCUUUGACCCGUUUUCCACUCUCAUACUGCAGUAACUCUCUCACUCUGAGUCCAACGGGAGAGUACUCUGAAGGGCUUCGGUGAUUCAUAUACCGAAGAAUUCCAGCAAUGGCCUCAAACGGCGGGAAGACCAAUGGUACGUCCGGUGUGACGAGGAGCAUCGACCGGGUGGGCUCGCCAGCCUCAACCGAGACCGGCGAGAAGCUUGCCAGCAAGGCGAAGCCUAAGCCCUCGCCACGCAAGAUCAAGUCGACAAACCCCGACAGGCAGGGCGUCGCGAACGCCUUCGAGCAGUAUGGCCAGGUAUUGCAUGCGAGGGUCAAGCCGUUGCCCAACCAGUUGAUGGCCAACGGAAUGACCUUCUACGAGACCAGGCGAUGGGGAAAGCUCAAGGACGACAUAAUGACACUGCGGUCGACUGACUGGAAGACCCUGAAGAAGAUGGUCAUGGCCAAGAUCAAGGGCGAGACCUUGACGGACGACAAGACGAUGAUCAUGGAGCGAGUGAUCCAGCUCGUCUCCAACUUGCCUAGCGACUCCAAAUUACGGGUCGAGCUGACCAACAAGUUCCUGGGAGAGCUCUGGUACUCGCUGGAGCACCCGCCUUCGAUCUACGUCGGCGAGAAGUUCGAGUACCGGCAGGCUGAUGGGUCAUAUAAUAACAUAAUGUUCCCUCAGCUUGGCGCAGCCGGGACUUACUACGCCCGCUCCGUGAAUGCCAACGUUCUUCGGCCAGGCGCUUUGCCCGACCCUGGUCUGAUCUACGAUUCGGUCAUGAAGCGCACCGAGUACAAGCAGCACCCGAACAAUGUCUCCAGUAUCCUGUGGUACUGGGCAAGCAUCAUCAUCCACGACCUCUUCUGGACAGAUUACCGCGACAUGAACAGAUCCAAGACGUCCUCUUACCUUGACCUGUCCCCACUGUACGGCAGCAACCAAGAAAUGCAGAAUACGAUCCGGACGUUCAAGGAUGGCAAGCUGAAGGCGGACUGCUUUGCGGAUGCUCGCCUCCUGGGAAUGCCCCCGGGGGUUGGCGUUCUCCUUAUCAUGUUCAACCGCGUCCACAACUACGUCUGCGACAAUCUGAUUGCCAUCAACGAGGAUGGCAAGUUCACGCCGCCCUCUCCUGCGCUGGAGGGGGAGAAGGCCGAGGCUGCUUGGAAGAAGUACGAUAACGACCUGUUCCAGACUGCUCGUCUGAUCACGUCCGGCUUGUACAUCAACAUCACACUUCUGGACUACGUCCGCAAUAUUGUCAAUCUCAACCGCGUUGACACUACCUGGACGCUCGAUCCGCGGUCAGCCACUGGCGUAGACGUCGGUACGAGCAAGGGCGCAGAGCGCGGUACUGGCAAUGUCGUAUCGGCCGAGUUCAACCUCUGUUACCGCUGGCACAGCUGCAUCUCGGAGAAGGACGACAAGUGGAUUCAGGAGUUUUACUACGAGAUGUUCGGAAAGCCGGGCUCUGACCUUACGGUUGAGGACCUGGUGAGGGGGUUCACCAAGUUCGAGCACAUGAUGCCCAAGGAUCCGAUUGACCGGCCAUUCCACAAAUUCAAGAGGGGGCCCAAUGGUAAGCUGAGCGACGAUGAUCUUGUGGAGUGCAUCACGGCUGCUGUCGACGACCCUGCCGGCUCCUUCGGCGCGAGGAACGUGCCUGUGUCGAUGCGCGCCAUUGAGAUCCUGGGCAUCAUCCAAGGCCGCAAGUGGAAUGUUGCUGGCCUGAACGAAUUCAGGAAGCACUUCGGUCUCAAGCCCUACGAGUCGUUCGAGGACAUCAACUCGGACCCUGGAGUUGCCGAUGCUCUUCGCCGUCUGUACGAUCAUCCGGACUUUGUGGAGCUCUACCCUGGCCUGGUUGCCGAGGAGCAUAAGAAGCCGAUGGUGCCUGGUGUGGGUAUUGCUCCGACAUACACCAUCUCCCGCGUCGUCCUGUCGGAUGCCGUUUGUCUUGUCAGAGGCGACCGCCACUACACCACCGACUACAGCCCGCGCAACCUCACCAACUGGGGCUACAACGAUGUUCAGUACGACCUGAACGUCAACCAUGGUUGCGUGUUCUACAAGCUGUUUAUCCGGGCGUUCCCACACCACUUCAAGUACAACUCGGUGUACGCGCACUAUCCGAUGGUGACCACUUCGGAGACCAAGAAGAUCUUGAAAGACCUCAAGCGCGACAAUCUCUUUGACUUUAGCCGUCCCACUCGGAUCUCCCCGGCCGUCGAGGUCAACUCAUUCGUGGGUGCUCAGCGCGUAUUUGCCAAUCCGGAGAAAUACAAGGGUAUCUGGCAUGAGGGUCUCGGAGUCCUUGCCGGCCAAGGCAGCCCUAACGGCCCGAGUGAUGCAGUGGCCACCGAGAGCCGCCGGCGUGAGGUCAGCUUGGCCACGGUCGACUUUGAGUCCCACGUCAAGGGGUUCUACAGGCAGGUCACUGAGCAGCUGCUCAGCGAGCAGAGCUACCACCUCGCUGGCCACCGGUUGGUGGAUCUCGCCCGUGAUGUAGCGAACAUUGUGCCGACUCGAUUCGUGUCCCGCGUCUUCGGCCUCCCUCUUCGGAGCAAGGAGAACAGCAAGGGCAUCUACAAUGAGCACGAACUCUAUGCCGUGCUCUCGACGGUCGCGACUGCUGCCUUCACCAGCCCCGACCCGGUGAAGAAGUUCCCCCUGGUCGAGGCAGCUAAGACGGUUGCAGGCCAGCUCGCCUCUCUGGUGGAGCGCACGGUCAAGAGCCCCAAGGCAAAGAACGACCCACUGAGUGCGUACGGAGCGCAGGUGAUCAAGGGCUUGUCCAAGGCUGGACUGAAGACCGAAGACAUCACUUGGAACCAUGUGCUGGCAACCUGCGCCGCCAUGGUCUCGUACCAGGCUAAGCUGUUUGUCGAAGCGGUCGACUUUUAUCUCUCGCCAAAGGGAGCAGCCCACCUCGAAGCAAUCCAGCGUCUUUCCGCGCAGCAACCGUCCGAGCAAACAGACGCUCUGUUGCUUGGCUACGCCCUGGAAGGAAUUCGCCUCUCGGGUUCAAGCAGGCUGUACUUCCAAGCCACCGCAGCCGACUCCAUCCCUGCCGAAGACGGCAACACCAUCUCAGUCCAGCCGGGCGACUCCAUCUGCGUCGUCUCUACCCCUUCUGACGAAACCGUCGUCGACCCGUCCCGUCCCCGCGAAAGCUACAUCCACUUCGCCGCGUGCCCGAGCUCUUCCUUCCUCGGCGCAGGGCGCGAGAUCAGCGAGAUCGCCCUCACCGAGAUGUUCCGCGCGCUGUUCAAACACAAGAAUGUCCGACGCGCACCCGGGCCGCAGGGUGAGCUGAAGAAGUUGGUGGGUGUCAGAGCCGAUGGAGAGGUUGAGUAUAUGCGGGAGGACUGGGGUGCGAAGGGAGCGUGGCCUGUUACGAUGAAGGUUGCUUGGGAUGAGGAGUGAGGCUUCCUUAUCGUCGGGGUGUCAGGGUCGCGUGUGAGAAGGAAGUUGGAGUUUGCUUGAUGGAUAAUACCAGAUGGCGCAUCGAUGAUCGAGUCCGUCUGUGGGAGGGACGUAAUAACUUGAGUACGGUAAGGUUCUGCGAAUGGAUACCAAGGGUCAGUAUGCCAAUUUCUAGUCCGAUUUAUGUUUGUGUUCUGAGAAGAGAGAUUAUACCUACCUUAACCUGAUACUAGUUGUGUAUGUCUGCCGUUCUGUCACAGCUUUGACCAGGGACAACCCGUGCGGGCCUCCCAGCCUGACCUUAUCAGUUCAGGGUGACGGAAGACUGCCACAUCCUACCACAGUCACUAAUUAAGCGCGCAAGCCUAUCUUCCAUUUCCACCACCAAACGUUUGGCAAGGUUCUCAAAAAGCAAUUCAGCCUGGAAUUUGAAGCCUGAGUCAAUAUGGAUCAAAAAG